CGGAGUCGCCGGUUUUCACUUCCUUGAUGCACACAGCUAACAGGGCGGCACAAUGAAAAUACUAACUUUACUGAGCUUAUUAGCCACACAUGUAUCAUCUGACAGCGUCAACAUUGAGGAUAACGUAGGGCAGUUCUUUAGCAGUGGUCAUACAAACAACUGGGCCGUUCUGGUGUGUACGUCCAGAUUCUGGUUCAACUACCGUCAUGUGGCCAAUACCCUGUCGGUCUACAGAAGUGUUAAGAGGCUGGGCAUUCCUGACAGCCACAUAGUUCUCAUGCUGGCUGAUGACAUGGCUUGUAACCACCGAAAUCCCAAACCUGCCACAGUGUUCAGCCACAAGAACAUGGAGCUGAAUGUGUACGGCGACGACGUGGAGGUGGACUACCGAGGAUAUGAGGUGACAGUGGAGAACUUCCUGCGUGUUUUGACAGGCAGGCUGCCGCCCAGCACUCCGCGCUCCAAACGCCUCCUCUCUGAUGACCGCAGCAACAUCCUUAUAUACCUGACAGGCCAUGGCGGAAAUGGCUUUCUGAAGUUCCAGGACUCUGAGGAGAUAAGUAAUGUGGAACUGGCCGAUGCUUUUCAGCAGAUGUGGCAGAAAAGAAGGUACAACGAGCUGCUCUUCAUCAUUGACACCUGCCAGGGCGCCUCCAUGUACGAGAGGUUCUACUCCCCAAACCUCAUGGCCUUGGCCAGCAGUCAAGUUGGGGAGGAUUCGCUGUCACACCAGCCAGAUUUGGCCAUCGGAGUCCAUUUGAUGGACCGUUAUACCUUCUACCUGCUGGAGUUCCUGGAAGACAUCCACCCUUCAAGCAAAGCCAACAUGAAUGACCUGUUCAAAGUAUGUCCCAAGAGUCAGUGUGUGUCCACACCGGGCCACCGUACUGACCUUUUCCUGAGGGACCCAGGAAGUGCCCUCAUAACAGAUUUCUUUGGUAGUGUGCGCAAAGUCGAAAUCACCAUGGAAACCAUCAACUUGACCGACCCCAUCGAGCAGGUGGAGCAGAAUUUUGUGAAUGAAGAGCUGCAAAAAGAGACUUACUCAUAUGUGGACCAGCUGCCAGUGUCUGAGAUAAUCCAUCAGAAACCAAAGCAGAGAGACUGGCAUCCUCCUGAUGGCUUCAUCCUGGGCCUGUGGACUCUAAUCCUCCUGGUGUUUUUCAAGACGUACGGCAUGAAGCACCUCAAACACAUCUUCUGAGGCCGCAGCGUUUACGCCACUGGAUAUCUGAAGACGGCUGCAGAUCUGGAGCGUUUACUGCAGGCAUAUUAGAGGUGCGCUUUCUGACGGGCUUAUUUUCCUGAAAAUGGAAAGGAAGUAUGUAUGGAUGUAUGGUACCACAACUGCUUGGCCAGGAACUGUGAUGCAAUUGGUGCCUUUUUUCGGUUUUGGAUGUCUGCUCUAUGCUGAUGAAAUUUUACAUUGUUGUUACCACUAGCAGUUUGGCUUUAAACUGUGUUGUGUAGUCUUUUUGACAAGGACUUCAAAUACUUAUUUAUAUUUGUGUCGAAAGUUCUGUGUUUUUUUCAAGCCAUUCCAUAAUUGAUUUGAUUUGGUAAAUAAAUGCACCGAAUUUAGUCUGCAGAUAAGAAUUUCAUUUAUUUUUGAGAACGUGCAUAAAUCAGCAGCAGAAGCACUUUUUAUUUAAGUGCUACUCAGAACGUGUGCUCGGUCAGAAAGAGGAAAGUGUUGGACGCGGGCAGGCUUAUUGGCUGCGAGUGGGCUGUGAAGAGAUUACUAUUUAAUGUCUCCCUUGUCCAUAUACAUUACACCCCUUGACUGUCAUAUCACGCUUGUGAAGGAUAACAAUCGCACAUAAUCCCAUCUCGCAUGAUGGACCCAUCCACUUUCCCAUUCACCAAAUUGCCCUCCCUGUGGAAACAUCCAUUAGCUCCCCAGCCGUGCACUCCGCUGAUUGUAUUCUGGGUGAUGGACAGCUAUCUCCCCGGCCAUUCCACGUCUCUCGCUACAGAAGCGAUAAGUGAGUGAUAACCUAGUAAGCCGCCAGCCGUCCCAAAUGAAUCUCCUCUGUGCUGGGACGUGUUUGCCUCCCCCCUCCCCCUCCCCCUCUCUACCUUUCCCUGCAUGUGUAACCACUCUGUAUUACACUCAUUGUUUGAGGGGGAGUGACCGAUGCUCAAAGCACAUGGAUUGAACCUGAGGUAGUUUGUCAUUGCUUCUUGGCGUGAGGACCCGCCCAUCGGGUGCCCGCUGCCACCGUCCCUCGCGGCUAAAGUGGAAAAUAGAUGGAGUUGGAAAUGAAACCAUAUGUAUCGGAAUGCAGCUGCUGCGUCAGCCACCCAAACUACCUUUUCUGUCACAUUAUUUAUGCAACGCUUAUUUCUUCUUCCCAUUUCUUCCUGGUUUCCUUUCCGAGAGAACAAGACCACCUUAUUUCUUCAAUCGAAGGAUUUUGAUACCCUGAUUAAAGUUGAAACACUGAACCAAA